AGUGCAAAUAACUUCAGAUGACGUCAGAUGCGAGUUUACGGCGAUGUGAUUGGUGCUAUUAAAUUGUAUCUGGGGUCAAAGUUUAACUUCCGGGUCACACUUCAAACAUGGCGGAUAAAGAAAAGAAAAAGAAGGAGAGCAUCUUUGACUUGUCCAAAUACAUCGACAAGCCAAUUCGUGUGAAGUUUCAAGGAGGACGGGAGGCCAGCGGAGUUCUAAAAGGGUUCGAUCCUCUAUUGAACCUGGUGUUGGACGGUACAAUUGAGUACAUGCGUGAUCCAGACGACCAGCUGAAGCUGACAGAAGACACCAGGCAGCUGGGGCUGGUGGUCUGCAGAGGAACCUCCGUCGUCCUGAUCUGUCCUCAGGACGGCAUGGAGGCCAUACCCAACCCCUUCAUACAGCAGCAAGACGGCUAAAUCGCCCAUGAAGUGUUAGACCUUUGUUUUGUUUCUAUUUUUGUUGUUUUUGUUUUAACCAACCUAAUGGAAGAAAGCUGGAGAAUCAGCAGUAAAAAUGACUUUUGAAUGCACUUCCCUUUUGUUUGUGGUGUCCAGACGUUGGAACCUCUGUUCUAAAGAGCUCAUGUGCUACGGAAGUGCAAACCUUUUCAUUUUUAUGCAGGAACAACGUGAGCUUUUUACUGUUUGUUUUUGAUAAGAAAAAUAAAAGGAAAACCUAUGCUGGA